CUGCUGUUCUUGGCCAGCCAGACAGUUAGUUGCAGAGAAGCAGCCAUCGAAUGCGCUACGCGUUAACGAGGCUAACAGUAUAACAAACAACAAACAGUUCUAACGUCCAAAAAGCCAUUGCGUGCCCAACUCUUAUCACCAAUUCAAAAGAAAUAGCAAAAAACCCUGGUAAUAGAUCAUAGUUAUUUGGUCAAAUUUCAAGUGCAAACGCGGACUUCGAUAGAUCCUGCAUAACGAUGGCUGGUGUCAGCGUGGGAUUCGCCAAAUGCUUCAUGCUCUUUAUGGCUGUUGUCAUUCUGGCACAAGGCGUAGUCUACCUGGGACUUGCGAUAUGGGGCAUUACACUGAAGGAUUGCCAGACGACAACGGAUAUUGCCAAAGAUCCUUUCAAGUUCGCCAUGGACUUGAUCUACUUUGUGGAUGAGGAUUGUGGUCAGCCUGAACUGGAGUUUAGCGGUUACACCUUCCAACUGACUAUGGACUGGCCCAAGUCGUUUGCGGUGACAAAUCGCGAAUACAUCUUCAUGAUUGUGUAUGCGGUGAUCAGUGGCCUGUGGAUCGCCUCUUCGUGUUUGAUCAUUUUAACAUUGUGCUUCAAGACCACAAAACUCAUUUCCGGCAUGAUCUAUUGGCCCUGGUUUCUCUCCGUGCUGGCGGGCUGCAUCUUGGACGUGGUGGCCACUGUUUAUCAUGGCAUGGACAUAGGCGAGACUUUGGGACUGCAAGAAACCUUUGAUUUUAUAGGUGCUACUGUUUCGGGAAUGCCUAACGAAGUUUGGUCGAGUUUGGAAACCUUUGGCGUCUACUUCUCCACACCGGCAGUCGUGAUGACCUGCAUCAGCAGUCGCGUGGUGCUCAUCUGGCUGUUGAACCUGAUUGGCGGCAUGUUCUGCUUGUCGCUGGCCAAUGUCUUGGCAAAUCAAGCGGCUGCAAACUCGCCACCGCCUCCAUACGCGAACCAAAUACAGCCCCGUCAACAGACGCCACAACCUGCGAUCGUGGUGAGAGAGGAGCAGCAGCCCACAGCGCCAGCUGAGUCAGCCACGCCCUCAGUGCAACUGGAACCUCAAUAUCCGGAUCGUUCACGACCAGCACCAUUUGUGAUACCAGCUGAAACAUAUCCAGUUCAGGAUCGCACCACGGUGCAGUCGCCAGUGCUCGUGUUGCCUCCUCAACAGCAGCAGCAGACGCCACAGACGUUGUCUCCGGUGCCAGAAAACAACACUUAUCGCAACACGGAUGCACAUCCCGAUCAGCUCAAUUAUCCAGUUGCUGAUCCAACAUCGCCACGUCUAUCGCCCACAUCGCCAGCGGUGCAACAGCUGGCUCAUGGCUCAACGCUCAACAGUCGCUACUCGGAGAUGUAUCCAGCGCCACAAAGUAAUCCACGCGUCAGCGAGGAGCUGCGCAAUCAGAUGCCCUGGUCAUAUACUAGCAUGAUCACAAAGCCACCACCGCCACCCAGAAAGCCACAGCAGCAGGUGCAGAUCUAUCCGCAAAUACCCGAGCCGGAUUACACGGAGCACUAGAUAUCCCUAGUUUGGUGUACAUCAACUAUUACUGUUUUGCGUUAUUGUUAUCUUUAUUGCAUAAAGCUAAUGCACAUGACCAA